GAUGUGUUCCAGCGCACCACGCAGGACGAGUCGCUCUUUCCCCCGAAGUGCUGCCGGAUCCCGCUCGAGUUCGCCGCGGUACAGAAGCACCUCCCUCUGCCCCUCUGCGAGCGGUACGCCGACAAGCGGCGCGAGUACACGACCUCGGACCGUGUCUACUGUCACACUCCGACAUGCUCCGCCUUCCUCGGUCCCCGCCAGAAGGCCGCCGCGCCCGCCGCCAGAGGACUCAUGAACAUUCUCUUCCGCAUCACGUUCUGGCCCCUGAUCCUUUUCCUGCGCCUCUUCAUCUUCACGAAGACGGUCGUCGCAUACACCUGCGCGAACUGCGGCGCGCGCACCUGCGCACGCUGCAAACUGCGCGCGCACACGGAGGGCCGCACAUGCCCCGCGGUGGACACCGAGAGGGUGCUUGCGAUCGGGCGCGCGCGCGGCUGGAAGCGCUGCCCUGCGUGCGGCCACCUCAUUGAGCUGAUCGCGGGAUGCUCCUGCGUCCGGUGCCCGUGCUGGCAGAAUUUCUGCUACCGGUGCGGGGCGCCGUGGGGGACGUGCCGCUGCCACCUGCCGUACUGGAAUGUGGGACAGCCCCAGUUCUAG